AUCAAAGACCUGCCCACAAUGUCGGGACAGGACAACCGAGCGAACGAUACGCAGGAUAUAUUUCAAUUUUUCGAACAGCGACAAUAUCGCAGAAGAUACUGCAUCGCUGCAGAACACAAUUGAUAGCUUGACUUUUCAACUAAAGUUGAGAGAUGAAAAUCUCAAUAAACUCACAGAGGCAAAUGGAAAAUUGGAGACGCAGACAGCUGGCUUAAGACAGGAAGUACGAAAUGUUGAAAGUGAAAUGAGAAGCAAGAAUAGUGCAAUUCUUGCGCUUAAGGAACAGAUAAAGUUUUACAAACAGCAAUGUUCGGAUGCGAACAAUUACAGGAAAGAGAAUGAACAUCUGAAGAAAAAUCUUCAACAUUUGAAAAACGUACAGAGUCUUAUAGAUAGUUCUACACAUGAGAUGGAUGACAAAAUACUGAUGACGAGUGAUCCUUCCAAACUUGCAACAUACAUAGCAGUAUUAAAAAGGGAAUUGAAACACAUGUAUAACAAGAGCAGAGAGGUUAGAGAGAAAUAUAAAAAAUUACAGCAAGAUUACACCCGUGCCUCUACAGAAAACAAGGUUUUAGCAGAGGAGCGUACUAAGCGAAAAGAAAUGGAAGAACGGUUAAUGAUCUGUGAGAGCGAGAAGAUAUCUCUGCAAACGCAGCUUUUUGAAAUGCAGACAAACGCGAACGCGUAUAAAUGCGUUAGCUGUAAUAAAACAUCCGCGGAAAAGCUCAAGGAAGAGCUACCAAAACUUGAAGAUACUGUAAAUCUCGAAAAGAAUGAUAGCUGCAUUAUUAUAAAUCCAGAUAGUACCGAGGAUACUCCACAGAGCAUAAAAUCGCAAGGUUUCUUUUCGAUGAGAGAUAACGGUAUAAAAAGACAGAAAUCCAGUAACAGUUUGAAAGAGACUUCGAUACUUGCGAAAAAAUCGAAAUUUUAUCAACCGAAUCAAAAAACUGCCAGCGGCAGUGGUAUGAGUUUUGAUGGCUUCGGAGGACAUGCUAGGUACGAUAAGUUUCCUAAUCCGAUACCCAGUUCACAUGUAAAGAAAAGCAGAGAGGAUUUAAGAAAACCGAAACUUGAUACGGGUGACAAUCAGAAACUCAAUGAUAUACUGCAUAUGUAAGAUGUAUAAUGAUAUAGGAUGGUGCCUAAAUUACAAAAUAAAAUUAUAAUAAAAUAUAAAUUCCAAGAUAUGAAAAGACGAAUUUCAACUUGAAACUAGAAUUGCGUUAUUUAUUAUUACGUUUAAGGGAAAGAGAUUAGAUGGGUGUAAAUUUUAAAUUCUUGAUUGUAAAAUAGAAACGGCCCUAUUUUUGUAUCAAAUUUAAUUUUGUAAUAAAUAUUCUCUUUGUACUAUG